AUGGAACCGUCUGUCGCACACCGUCCGUGGGAGGAUGUCAAGCCCGGCUUCCACAACCCGCCCUCCAUCACCACCACCACCACCCAGACGCUCCCCUCGAUAUCGACGCUGACUGCCAACAUGAAUGGCGGCCCUGUUCCGCCAGCCGAGAAGUCGCCAGCAAGCUCAAUGAACACGCUCGAGCGGGACUCGGGCAAUUGGUCCAUGCCGCAGAGCACAAGUGUGUCUUCCCUUUACUCCUCAUCCGCUGCUCAUACUGACGGCCCAGGGUCCUCGACCUACUCGCAAACCACCAACGGCACCGGCAACUAUCAUUCAAUGACCUUCCUCAACUCGUCGCAGCCCUCGCCCAACCGACAUUCAGGUGUCUCGGACCGUUCUCCGCUCGCCCAGGAUCCCCAGACCACGCCCUCGCCCGCUAAUGCACAUCCAUCGCCGGGUUUCGCUGCCAGCCAAGCGACCCCUGCAUCGACCCUCCCUUCUAUCAACCAGAAUUUCGAGGCCGCAUCGCACCGAAGCAGCAUCAUUGAGCUGCCCGAGUCGCGCCGGAGCAGCGUGGACAGCCGCAUGAACCAGGGCAUCAGCGCCCUGGCCAUCAACCCGACCUCCCCUUACCACAGCACAAACGCUUCGCAGUCGUCGAUUGUCUCCGGCCUGCAGCGAGAGCGCGGCAUUUCCACCGACUAUACCAACGCCAAUGCCAAUAGUUUCCGUGGUCCGCAUUAUUCUGGCCAGCCCCUGUCUCCACUGGGACCCCGUGGCACCGACCAGCGCGGCUUCACCUCCGGACGUACUGCCCCAGCCAUCUCGUCCAACCCUCGAUCCGAGAUCUACAAUGCAGAAGCCCCGACUGCCGGAAUGGCCUACGCCUUUCCGGACCCUGACGUUGCUCGUUCGAGCUCGAGCCUCAACUCGCUAGACAAGCCAACCCCGACCCAGCAGGCCCCGUUUUCACGCAAGGGCAGUAUUGCCGAGUCGAUCAACAGCAGUGUUUACUCGGCCGAAACCCGUCUGCCCCGCGGCCAGCAAGAACUGCCCCAAAAUGUGCAUCACCACUCGCUCCAGCACAAACAGGUGCGGGGCCUCAUGACCGAAGCCGAUGUGGCCAACAACUCGACCCCGUACAGCCGGACCCCUGAGCUGCGCGUAACGCAUAAACUGGCCGAGCGGAAGCGCCGCAGCGAAAUGAAGGAUUGCUUUGAGAUGUUGAGAAUCAGACUACCACAGAGUCAGAACAACAAGUCUAGCAAAUGGGAGACGCUCACACGAGCUAUUGACUACAUCACCUCUUUGGAAAAACAGGUGGCGACCUCGCGCCGAGAAGCGAAUGAUCUUCAGCGCGAGAUCCAAGAGUUGCGGGCCCAACUCGGAGGACAGAAAGCCAACGGUCAGAAUCGACUCUACGAAUCCCACUCGAUGAACGGCCCACAGACAAACGGGACUCAGCCAGGCUCCUAUCCCACCUAUGCAUCCGGGAUGGCUGUCGACCAACCGCGGACUUUGCCGCCGCUGAUGAAUGGCUCGGUGGCGGCCAUGCAAGGGGUGCAGUACACGGAAGACCGACGAUAG